AUGGCUAAGAAAAAAACGAAGAGAUUGGACGGGGACUAUGGAUAUUGCUAUCAUGAAAAUUCGCCUGAAAAAACAAUCUACCAAAAAUUAUAUAACAAGUCCUAUUGCCAGAAGGGCUGCCAGUACACAUGUCUAAGCGCUGAGACACUUAGCGCAUGUGGCUGCAUUUUUUACAAGUAUGCAGUAUUCUCAGAGGACAAUAAGAACAGGAGAACGUGUAAGACUGACAACCCAGACGAUGAAAAAUGCACGAUGGGUGUAUUGCAAUCCAGUGAAAGCAUUUCUCAACAAUGCAUCGAUAAAUGCUACGAACCGUGCGAGGAAAGUGCUUAUCCCAUAUCGUUAAGUUCGUCAGUGUGGCCAUCAGAAAGUCACAAAGCAACACUGAAGACCAUGCUCCAGAAACAUCACAACAACUUCUCCAGGAAUCACAUCGAUGAUGACUACAUAAAAACUAAUUUUGGCAGGUUUGUUGUAUACUUCAGCACGCUGACGUACACAGAACACAACGAAACUGGAUCAUACGAGUUGAAGCAGUUGUUAUCGGACUUCGGGGGCAUCCUGGGCCUCUACAUCGGCUUCUCCGUGCUGACUGGUGUCGAAUUCAUCGAACUCAUCUACGACCUCUGUCUCUCCGGCUUCAACAGCAGGUACAUUAAAAAGAGAGCCAAAACAUUUCAAAACAAUCCUAAAAACUCCGUCAAAAACAGCAACUUUGAAUACGACGACAGCAACCAACCAUGA